GGAAGUCUACGUCGGGACUUUAACCACAUCAAUGUAGAGCUCUGUCUGAUGGGCAAGAAGCACCGGAAGCUGCGUGUGGACAAAUGGUGGGGUAAUCGCAAGGAGCUGGCCACAGUACGCACGAUCUGCAGCCAUGUGCAAAACAUGAUCAAGGGUGUCACAUUGGGCUUUCGUUACAAGAUGAGGUCUGUGUACGCUCACUUUCCCAUUAACGUAGUUAUUCAGGAGACUGGCACACUCGUUGAAAUCCGUAACUUCUUGGGAGAGAAGUACAUCCGCAGAGUGCGCAUGAGGCAAGGCGUUAACUGUGCAGUUUCUCAAGCCCAGAAAGAUGAACUGAUUCUUGAAGGAAAUGACAUUGAACUGGUAUCUAAUUCAGCUGCCUUGAUCCAGCAGGCCACCACUGUAAAGAACAAGGAUAUAAGAAAGUUCUUGGAUGGCAUUUACGUCUCGGAGAAAGGAACUGUACAGCAGUUGGAAGAGUAG